GAUUCCGCUGCUGGGAUGUGGAGGACACUGGUAUUGACAUCAACGAUGAACUGGCACAAAUUGCUAACAGAGCAUCCUUGGGGGAGGAAGGGGCCAAUGCCAGCAAGAAGCCAGGUGAGCGAUUGAUACAGCACCAGUCUGAGAAUCUCUCCGUGGAAAUUUUGAUCAAUCCUCUCGCUCAGUCUGUGAAAAACUCUCUAAAGAAACUUUUGAUUGCAUCUUCCCCAACCAAGUAUGUGCUCUAUGCUGGACAUGCUUUCCAAGGCACUGGGGCCUGGGUGCUUCAAGAUGACACUUUUUCAUUCAGUAGCCUAGCCCAGGUUUUCAAGAACACUGAUGUGGAGAAUGCUCUGAAACAAAACAUUGAAGCCAACCUGACCAUCCAUACGUCUGCUGAGAGCCACUGGGGAACAAGUAUCAGCAAAGCCGAUUUCACCAACAAUUUACGGAUCCAACUCAACCCUCCAGAAAAAUUGCACAACAUCCACGGUGUGGUACAGUUCACUGCUUAUGUAGGCAGUUUUGUUACUCAGACACCAGUCACAAACCUGCUUCAGGCCUCUGAACAGUUUGGUAACAUUGGCUUUACCAGACCAACGCUGUACAUCUUCCCUGGUUGCCAGGGUGAUUCAGCAUUAUUUGGGAUAAAUGGGUUUAACCUCCUUGUAAAUGGUGGGUACAACAGACGGGCUUGCUUCUGGGAUUUUGCUAGGCAUUUAGAUAGAGUUGAUGCAAUGCUACUCACUCAUUUGGGUCCAGAUAAUAUUUUUGGUAUUAACACUGCUCUACAGAGAAAAAGUUUGGAGAACAUACAUCCUCAGAUUGGCUACUUGUAUUUCAAUGCUAUUGAUAAGCCAAGUGCCCCAGCCCCCUGUGGGGAUGGAGAUGGAGAUGCUGAAAAAAAGAGCAGUCUACUUAUUAACCUCGCUGAGGAAGCCAAUAAUCUGACUCGCAUGGCAAAGCAACUGGGUAUCAGCCCUCAGCCUUGCUCUCGUUCUGCUACAAGCCAGAAUGCAGAACCAAUCAACCUGUACCAUAAGCUGGGCCAUGGGUCUUUGGACAUGUAUAUGUUGAAUCCUAUUACAGACAGCAAGGAAAUGAAAGAAUUUUAUCAACUCUGGAAUAAGAAAGCUUCAAAUCUUGGGUCCAGUGGACCUUUCCCCCUGCAGAAUGCUCUGUCUGUGUGUACCAUGUUGGUGUGGAGACCCCAUAAUCCGAAUGAGAAGAUCGUUAGGAUUUUCUUUCCAGGAAAUGCUCCACAGCACAAGAUUGCUGAAGGGUUGGAAAAGAUGAAGAGCUUUGCAUAUUUGAAGCAUGCUUCAUGCACACCCAAGGACCUGCUGAAACCAGCUGUCGUGAAAAAGGCAGGCGGAUCUGCCAGGCCUGGAAGUGGAGCUACAAGGUCAGCCAGAACAACUGCGACUUCUCGUGCUGAGACCACAAGAAGUAUGAAUGCAAGCAGGAUGGAAUCUCCCCGCAAGGCUGAAUCAAGAACCGCUAGCAGGUUAGGUGCAAUGUCACCAACAAAGGCUACCACAAGAGCUAAAGAAGAAAAUGGUAAAAGACCUACUGAUGUCAAGAAGCGUCCGACAAGAAUAGAGGACAAAGAGAAGGAUACAAAUACAAGACCAGCAUCUGCAAGGUCAAGCACAAUGUCGAGCCCAAGUAAAGCAACAUCACCCAGAAAGACUCCCUCUCCUACCAAGUCUGCAUCGCCUACAAAAGGAACUUCUCCUGCUAAGUCUCCUUCACCUCCAAAAUCAGUUCUAGCAAAAUCUCCAACCAAAGCCAAGUCUCCUGAGAAGAGUAAGCCAGAAGAGAAGCCAGCUCCUCCGGCGGAGGUGAAGAAUGAAGAGGUUUCUGCAGCUCCAGUUCCUAGCUCCCUGGUGGACACUCCUGCUACUGAGCCAGCUCCAGUUGGAAAUAAUAUGGACAAGCCAGAACUGAAGCCAGAGUCAGACCAGGCUCAGGGAGCCCAGCAGGAUCAGAUUGAGGCAUUGCAGACUGUUGAUAACACUGCCAGUGAGAAAACACAGCCUUCUGAGACAAACUCCAACUUGUUGUCCUCUUCUGUCGAUGCUAUGAAUGCAUCUAUGACCAUGUCUGCUGACAGACAGAAGCUGGAAAGCCUAGGCAUAUAUGAUGCUGAUGAACAAAAGGAUAAUCAAGUGGAUGCACAGAGUCCAGUGUACACGAAUGGAGAUAAUGAAGAGGAGGAAGUGAGGCCACAAGCUCUUCCUGAGCCCCCAGUCAUCAUGGAGUCACCAAGUCAAGACUCUGAUAUCAUGCCAGAUUAUAGUUCCAAGAUCGAGUCUGAUGAGCAAGAACUUUCAGAAUUCAACAAAGCCGAAGAAGAACUACAAGAAUUUGAAGCAGACAUUGCAGAAAAUACAGCAGUGAAAUCAUUUGAAGAUCCAGCAGAAGAUAUCCCCCCAUCCCCAGAGCCAGCAGCAGAAGAACAGCCAGACUUUAAUGAUUACCCUGUUGCUGUGGAGGCUCCGAAAACAUUUGAGACUCCGGUAUUCAGCAAUGAUGAUGCAGAUACAAAUGGGGGUGUUGCUGCAAUGGAACAAAAAAUUCAGUAUGGAAUAGACGAGUCUUCUAGGGCCAUGGCUGGUAUUCAAGAGGAGGAAGAGCCCGAAGAGGAAGGAGAAGUAUCAAAAGACAUACAAGCCAGCACAACGGCUGACAAACAAGCUCUCAGAGACCUGGGAAUAUAUGAUGAUGAUGACGAAUUGGAAGAGGAAGUCAAUGGCUUUGACAAUGAAGUAGAAGAGGAGGUUAGGCAGAAUGUUGCCCAACAGCAGUUCUGUGAACAGGUUGUAGAGAAAGAAGAGGUGAAGGAGAAGGAAGACAAUGAUCAAGAGAAGGACAUGGAAGAAGAGGAAGUUGCCAGUGACUGUAGACUGUCUGCUGAACGGCAAUUUGAAGAUGUUGAAGAAGAUGCUAAUCCAAAUUCUGAUGAAGGAAUUGAAGAAGAUACAGAUAAAGAUGUAUGUGAAGAAAAUGAUUCUUCGGUGCCUGCUGCUUUUGACAGGGACUCAAGCCCUGAAAUGGAAGUAAUUCAAAAUGAAAACACGGAAGAACAGAAGACCGUUGAGUCCAUUGAAGAAAGCCCUGGUGAAGGAGUAGAGAAACAAUUAGAUGAUGGAGAGAGGGAGGACACAGAUUCCAUUGAUGGGGGGACUCCAGACGAUGACAAAGAUAUUGAUGAAACUAUCCCUCCAAACGUUAAUGGAACAGAGCAAGAUAAGUCAGAUCAUUUUGCUGUUAUGGAUUCAAUGGCUGACCAAAGCGGCAAAACUGUUGAGAAUGUUAACCCUUUCUCUGGCGUUCAAGGAGAGAGUAACACAGAACCCCAGAGCAAACCAUAUGCUGAAGAUAGUGACAAUGAGCUACAAGAGGAGGGUGCUUCUUUCGACCCAGUUGCACAGUGGGGUAAACCCAUGGGACUCCCAUCUCCACCCCCAACAUCUCCGCAGAAAGGAGCCAGUACAGAUAGACGGCCAGCCUCUGCCGCUAGUAAGCCAGGAGAUGCAAAAUCGCGCACCGCUCGUAAUGGCACUGCAACCACUGAUGCCAAAAAGAGGCCAGCCACAGCACCAACAAGAGCUGGUGCCACUGGUCGUCCUAUGUCCGGAGCUAGACGAGCAGGUUCCAGCAGAUCCUCUCCUCAGAGUGCUAAAGUUCCUCCCCUGCCUCCAAUGACUGCUUUCUACAUGGAUCUGACUUACAUCCCUAACCAUGGAGACCCAUCCUACAGUGAUGUAGAGUUCUUCAAGAGGGUUAGAGCUAGGUAUUAUGUACUGAGUGCUCUCUCUCCAAAUCUGCAAGUUCUUGACUCUUUGAUGGAAGCCAAAGCAACAUGGGAACAGAAGGAUUUAGAGGUCACUCUCAUUCCAACCUAUGACAAUGAGACCCUUCGCCACUGGGUAGGUCUCAAUAAGGAAAAACUUCAGGAGUUGCGCAUUGAUUUGACUCCUGCUGUUAGUCGUUGCACCAUUCAACUUCAGGAUCUUGAGACCAGCCUCCCGGCGUACAGAUUAGAAGUGUAAACUACAAAAGGGAGGAACAUGUGCUGUUGUCAUUUGCAAAGUUAAUAUAACUGCACAAAAUUUUCAAAGGAGACCAAUGCUUUUUGCUUAAACCCUCGAAAGCCUACAGCAAUGUCUUUUGUAAUGGUCUUGUCUUUGUCCAGAUAACUGAUAAUACUAAUUUGAAAAAGCACCUGCUUUUCCAAGGUCAGUAGUAAUAUAUAUAGCUGUGUUUGUUUAGAUUUUUAAAGUUUUGAAUGAGUAUUCUGACUUGUAUAUUUUUUUCUCUCUCUUGCAUUGCUAAUGUCUAUUGAGUUUUAAUUUUUUUCAUUCUUACUUUCGUAAAGUUUGAAAGAGCUUUUGUUGGAUUUGCAAUAAGGACAGGGAUAAGCAUGAGAAGACAUCAACUGAUAAAUGUGUUGACUUUUGUUGUAUAAAAACAAUAUUAUAUAAAUAUAUUGUUGACUUCAAGAUUGUUUUGGUUGAAGCACAAAGCUGUCAUUGCAGUUGAAAGUACUGUGCAGCUGCUCUGUAGCAAGUAUAUCAAAAGAGUUUAGCAUAAUCUUUUUUUUACCUUUGCAUAGUCACUUGGUUUUUUUAUCUUCUUCUCUCCCAUGUCCCUCUCUCUCAAACAUACACGUACACACACAGACAAAUAUACCCAUAACUUCUCCCCUCUUUUUCUUGGCUAUCUCACUUUCCAUUCCAAACAUAAUAUUCAUUUGCACAUAUCAUUUGGGAUCUUCUUCAUCGUGUCAUGUUGGGUAGGAAAAAAAAGUACAGUUAAUUAUGCAGGUUGAAUUGCUUUCCAGUGAGUAAACAUCAACAAAUAUUUGAUAAAGUGUCAAUACCAUUUGAUCAUACCAUUAAAUGAAUAGUCAAGUGUAACUGGAUUUUGAAAGAGUAACUGAGCUACAUUCUUUGAGAAAAUAGGAAUAUUGAUUUUUAGACAUUCUUAGUAGACUUUCAGCCAGUUUGAAAGAUAAAAAGGCCACGAAUGUUUUUUUCUCAUUUUCAAAUUCAUUUAAUGUGUUUCAUAAAUCUUGCAAUUGAUAAUUAUCUCUGUGCUAAAAGUGUUCUGGAAUAUUUUCUUCAUUUCAAAGGUACUUUCUUUUGUACUUGAUAUUUCAGUUGUCAAGAUCUGAUGUUUACUUAAGCAAAGUAUGGAUUUUUAAAGUAAGAGCACGCAGAAUUUUUAUUCUUUUUUGGGGGUUUCAUUAUGCUCUUGUUUUCUUGAAUAACAAAAUUCUAUUGUAGGAAGGAAUGUGACUGCUGUAGUGUGUGAAGCUAGCAGAGAAAGAAUAGUUUUUUCAUUAUAAAUCGUCAAUAUUGAUUUGAAAUGUCUGAAUACGAUAUACAUUUUUCUAGAUGUGUAAUUCUUUUCGGAUGGUGAAGCACUUUGUCAUGACCUAGUUUAUGCGUAGUUACUUUAUCUGGAUGGAAAUUAGAUUUCACUGUGCAGCAUCUACUUCUUGUUCAUGACUGAUAUACAUAGUAGUGGAGAAAGAGGAGGUGAUUCCAGUGCCAUUAUGGUUAGAUGUGGUGCUUAUUGAAAGACCAUUUGGUUCUUUGUUUUGACAGUUUUUACUCCUUAGGCCUUAAAUAUUGAAUAAAAGCUGUUUAUGAUGUUAUGAGGCCAACUUAAAAGGAUGUGUGCUCUUAAAUACCACAUAGCAGUAGCUGAGAUUGUUGUGGUAUGGUGUAGUUUUGAUUUCAUGUCCCUCAAGUGAGAUCACUUUUUUGGGGUUGUAUUAGUUUUUAUUUUUGUUGGUUUAAAGUUUUGAUAACCCUUGCACAAUCUACUCAUGUUUGUAGUUUUGUUUAUAUCUAUGAGAGCAUUCUUUUUCAUUUAUAGCGGGAAUGCUCUCUUAACAUGAUUUAAUGUGAGAUAAAAAGAAAGAUCAGUAGAGAUUUUCUGUGAACUGUGUUUUUAUGGUUUAACAGUAAUAUGAUUUACUUAAGGGCACAGUGGUGUGAACACAUAUGUACUUGAAGUGUCUCUGCUGUGCUCUUGUUUUUUCACCAGUGCUAUCUGGUGUCCCAAUGUUACCUUUCCUUUCGCUUCUUUCUUUAAAUUUGGUGUGACUCAAUUUUAUUUUCAGUUUCAUAAACCUGUGACUCAAUCCUGCGCUCUUGAAAUGUUUGAAGGAAACUUUGUGAUCAGUUGUUGCCUUUCUCUAUAGCUGUGUAAUUUUUUUUUCCUUUGAUGUACUGAUGCAGUCGAAGGUGCUGACUUACUUUGCUUUCAUUUAGCCACCCUGUUUCACCUGUUUAUGGAUUUUUGAAAUGUAAAUUUUGUAUUGAUUUGAAGGCUUUGGGUUUUAAAGCCUAAAACUGCCAGAAAUUUCAUUAUAAACAAAAAGAAACAACUAUUCUAUGCUUCUAGACUAGUCCUUCCUGUUUUUACCAUGCUCAGAUGUUACUUGCGCCAUUUUAGUCAGUAUUGCUGUAUGUUUAUGCAUUCGUGCAAGUGCAUGGUAAAUCGACAACUCCCUCUCAUGUUUUGUAGUGUUGAUGAAUGAUUUGGUUAAAGUAUGUCAUUGUUCUGAGGUGGAAUGUUCAUUGAGCAUUAUUUCCAACUGUUUUCCUUAUUGCCAUUGAUGAAAACAAGAUUGACUUUUUUCAUUUGCUGAUAAAUAAUAAAAGCACAUUCAUUUUUGGGGCUCAUUAGUCCCGUCAGGGAUUCAAGUAUUGUUAACAUUGCCAACUUUUAAAUACUUUACGUCAUAACAAGUCCACUUUGGUGGUCCAUUUACAACAGUUGUUUCCUAUCUUAAGGAUCUCAUCCUGACAUUCACUUCUUUCAUCAAACAAACUACUAUUCAUCUUGCUAACUUACAGGUCAGAUCAUGUGGUGUCUGUGGUAAUCAGUUACUGAAAUUUCCCCGAAGCAGUGCUGUUUGAUCCCCAUAUACUUGUAUCAUGUUUGCAACUCCUACCCCCCCCCUCCUUCCUGCACACACUACAUUUUCUUGGAUGUGGUGAAGAUGCCUCUCAUAAGUCCAUUCAUCUAUUUGUGCUUCCAUUACUUUUGCACCCCCUUGUCAUCCCUUGCCUUGUAACUUUUGCGUCUGUGACAAUGAAUAUAUUUUUUAUCAGGCCAUGAUAAUUGUCUUGUGUGAUCUAUAUUUAUCAUAUAAAAUCUGAUCUUUUUGUCUUUCACUGAAAAACUUAUUAAAUGGUUACUAUUAAAUUGACGUUUAAAAAAAUGAAGGUACUAAAUUAACUGUCUUUGUUAAAUUUCUGAUGAAUUCAACAAUGGAAAAAAGCAAUGGUUUUGUCAAACUCAACUGUGCGCAAGUCAUUUUUCAUCUCAGUUUGCUUUAUUUCUCAUCGCUUUGCACACAAUGAACGCAUCUGACUUGUCACUUCUUUUGACUUCUCUUUUCAUUCCUUGCAAUCAGGCCUUUCCAUGUGAUUGAAUUGUGCAUUGCUGAUAAUUUGUAGUGUCUUUUUCGUUUGUUACAUAGUAUGGUGAUAACAUCUAAUGGUUCUGUUUUAAUUUUUAUUUUUAUAGUAACUUAUUUAUUGAUUAUUGUGGACACUUUUUUUUUUGUAAAGCUUUUGAUGCAUUGUUUUUGUGCAACGUUUGUCAACAAUAAAAGUCAAUGUGCAAAAUUA